AAAGGACAACUUCUUGAGUUUAAGUGAUGAAAACAUCAUUUUGGUUGGUUAUGGAAACGAAAAGAUUAUGCCUAACUUUCUAACCGCUGCUAAUGCUCGUGUUGUUGGAGUUCAAGUUGCCAAACUCAUCGAAUACCUUAGCGACAAUUUAGGGGCUGAUUCAGAAAGAUUUCAUGUAAUUGGCAAUGGCCUAGGUGCUCACAUUGCUGGAUAUGCCGGAGAAAGAUUGAGCAGAUUAGGUCGUAUAACAGGCUUAGAUCCAUCUGGACCGUACUUCCGAAGUGUAGAAAAUGAAGUUAAGUUAGAAAGCAAUGAUGCUCUCUAUGUUGACGUCAUAAGUUCGAACCCAGGAAGGAAUUUAAUCGAAGUUAUGUAG